AUGACGAUCCGCAUCACCAUCUUCAUCAAGAAACUCCCCACAGUCUCCAUCGAGCACUUCCAUAAAUACUGGUCCGAAGAGCACCCCAAGAUCUUUCUCUCGGUGCCCAUCGUCCAGAAGAACCUCACGCACUACCAACAAUUCCACACCGACCCCAACAUCUCGGCUGAGCUACGCAAGAUGGGUCUGCCGAUUGCUGAAUACGAUGGUGGUGCGGAAUUCUUCGCCAACAGCGUCGAAGAUGCCAUGGCCGUAUUCCAAGAUCCAGAAUACCAUCGCGUAGUCGUCCCGGACGAAAUGACCUUCCUCGAUCGCGAUGCAGCUAGCAUGAUGAUUGGGACUACGGAAGUCAAAUGGGAGGACGGCAAGCCAGCUGAGGGCAUCAAGGUCGAUCUUGUGCAAUAG